UAAAAAUUUAAUGAUUUAUUUUGUACUGUUAUUCUAAUUUUAAAAAUGAAUCUUAAAAAUUUAAUUAAAAUUUAGUAAAUAUAGAACGCUAUCGUUCUACAAAUGCAUUUAAGUGUGAUGUUUAUAGUGAGUCGGAAAGUUAUCUCCUACUAAUUUCUUAUAACUAUUUAUAUUCAAAUGGAAUUUUUUGUUAAUUUAUAGUUGCUGACAUGGGCUCGAUUGCUUCGGUCCUCCAAUGGCACUGCAAUUCAUGUUCACUCAUAAAUCCAACUGAUCGAGUUACCUGUAUUCGUUGUAAUGUACACAGAAAAUAUGAAUGUAAGAAAUCAACCCAACUCAAAACGAGGACAAUUCAUGGAUGUCCAACUCCCUAUGUCACUGAUAUUCUGUGUGCAGAGGCAGAAAUUGCUGCUGGAGCUUUGAGACUUGAUGAUGCGUAAUGAUAUUUGUGUAUUUUAUGAUUUAAAAUAGAUAUGUUUAAUAUUUAUGUAAUAUUACAGUGAUCCUACCAAUAUAGACCACAAGCCAAGCAUAAUUAAGCUACAAUUUAAAUCAGUUAUUUUACAACGACGUAAAUCAUGGAAUGGCUUUGAAGAACAUUUACAUACGUCUAUAAGACCAUCAAAAAGUUCAACAUUGCUUACAACAAAAAGUGAUUCUUGGUUAUGUAAUAUCUGUAGAAUUAGAAACCGUUCAACUCAACAAUGUCAAAACUGUGAUUCGUUCAAAGGAACUAUAGAACAAAAAAAUGAAAUUACCCCUAUUACUAUUAAUUUACCUUAUGGUAAGUAUUUAAUCAAAAUAUCAGUACAAGUUUGUAUCAACGAAUAAUUUUUGUUUUCAAAAUACUAUUUAGAUUCUGUGAAAAAAUCCAAAAGUAAUUGGACUUGUGAAAAGUGCUCAUUUACAUUAAAUCCGUUUUGGUCAGACUCUUGCGAAUCUUGUGGAUGGAAUGCUAUAACAAUGAUGCGUGAUUGUGUGCGCUACACACCCCCCAAGAAAAAAUGGCCUUGUAAACGUUGUACCCUUCUUAAUGACCAUAAUUCAUCUGUUUGUAAUGCUUGCGGUGGUUCAAAAGCUAAAAGUCUUUGCCCUGAUGAUGGAACUUUACGUGAGUUUUGGACUUGUGACAAAUGUACUUUAAAAAAUAGAUUAUCUGCAUUAGUCUGUAAGGCCUGCAAAACUGAAAAACGAGCAAAUAAAAAAAGACGAUCUGAUAGUCAAUGUACUAUUUGUACUUUUGAAAAUGAACCAAAUGCCAAACAGUGUGCAAUGUGUCACAAACACCUUGAACCUGAAUAUUAUUCAUCCAUAUUGAUUUCAAACCAUCCAAAGAAACAAAGUGAGCUAAUGGAAAACUUAAGAAGAAUUGAAGAACAAGAAGCACGAGAAAAAUGGAAUGAAAUAGUUUUAUUUUGUAUUCAAGUAAAUAAAUAAAUUUUUUUUAAAUAAUUUGGAAUCAUUAUAAUUUUCUUACAGUCUACUAUUUUUGAAUUAAUAAUAAUAUUUAAAUGGGUAAACUAAAAAAAAAAAAAUGUUGAACUUUGAAGUAAUUCAGUAGGUAUUGCAAAAAAUUACUGUAUAAUAUGCAUUUUUUUUUUUUAUGAAAUUUACCAAAUUCGAAUUUUUAUCUAUUAAAAUUAUAUUUUCUAAUUUGGAUUACCUAUUUAAAACAAUAACAUGGAAAUAAAUUAUUAUAAUCUUAAGUUUUGCUCAAAAAAAAAUGUUUAAGAUAAUUUUAAAAAUGAAAAAAAAUUGUAUAUAUAGUUAAAUAAUUUUAAUAUUUUGAAAAUUAUAUACAUUUUUACAUUACAUUACAUAAUUGUAAUAAUACAAUAGUCAAGAAUUGUUUCAAUUGAAAUGGAAAUUACUUAGUUUAUUUUUAUAAAUAUAUAUAUAAAGCUAUAUAUUAUCAAUUUUAUGGCAAAACUGUGUAACUCAACAUAUUGAUUUUUUUUUUUUUUUUAAUAAUUCCAUGCUUUGCAUAUUUUACAAAGAAUACAAUUGUUCCUUCCUUCUGAACAAUUUUGAAAAAUCCACUUUCGUAGUUUUGCCAUGAAGACGAUAAUAUUUAUAGUUUUAUUUAUUAAAUAAGUGUAUUUUAUAUUACAGAACAGUCAAGAAUUUAUUGAUGAUUCGUUUCCUCCAGCUGCUAAAUCGUUAUACUAUACUGAUAAACAUGAAAACUGUAGAGUGACACAGUGGUUAAGGCCAGAAUCAAUUGUAUAUUCAGAAUUGGAUAAGGAAUUAUGUUGGACUGUAUUUAGAAAACCAAAACCUUCAGACAUAAUUCAAGGUAGGUAGUAAAUAAUAGUCUUACAAAACCACAAAACUAUUAACAAAAUCAAGUGUAUAAUACCUAAAUCUAUUUAUAUUUUAAUUUAUUAGAUAUACAAAUUUUUAAUAAUAUUAUUUAUCUAUGAUUUAAUUUGUCUUUAUUCCCUUUUUUUAUUUUACAAUAGUUGUUUUAGAUAAAUACUCAAUAAAAUAUCCAAUAUAAAACAAUUUUAUUUAAAUAAAAAAUAUAAUUUAUAGUUUUAUAUGCAAAAAAAUACAUAUAUAUUUUACUUUGUUUAUUUUUAUGUUGUACCCUCUCAUCUAAUUAGAUCUAUUACAAAUAUUUCUUUCAGUUUCAUCAUUGGUUAUAGUUAAAUAUAAAUCUUAUAGUACUACUUAUUAUGUUUCAUUAUUAUUUUAGAUAUUACCAAAAAAAAAAAAAAAGAUGAAUCUAUCAUAUGCAUAAAUAUUAAAUAAUGUAACAAAUAUUUAAUAUUAUUUAGGUGUAUUAGGUAAUUGUUGGUUGUUGAGUGCUUUAACAGUGUUAGCAGAACGAGAAGAUUUAGUCAAGCAUGUUAUGGUUACCAAAGAUUAUUGUUUACAAGGUGCUUACCAAGUUCGACUUUGUAAAGAUGGUAAAUGGACUACAGUUCUUGUUGAUGAUUUAUUGCCCUGUGACCACAGAGGAAAUCUAGUAUAUAGCCAGGUUUGUAAUAAUAUUAAUUACAUUUUAUAAGAAUGAAAUAAAAAAAAAUCAUUUUUCAACAGGCGAAACGUAAACAACUAUGGGUUCCCUUAAUUGAAAAAGCAAUAGCUAAACUUCAUGGUUGCUAUGAAGCACUAGUUUCUGGUAGAGCAAUUGAAGGACUUGCUACAUUAACAGGUGCCCCUUGCGAAAGUGUGCCAUUACAACCAUCAUCAGUUCCAACAGAAGAUGAACUAGAUCGUGAUCUCAUAUGGGCUCAGUUAUUAAGUUCACGUCUUGCUGGUUUUUUAAUGGGAGCAUCUUGUGGUGGUGGUAACAUGAAAGUAGAUGAAGAUUCUUAUCAAAACAAAGGACUUAGACCAAGACACGCUUAUUCUGUUUUGGAUGUCAGAGAUAUUGAUGGUCAUCGGUUGUUGAAACUAAGAAAUCCAUGGGGACAUUUCUCUUGGAAUGGUGAUUGGUCUGAUAAUUCUGAAAUAUGGACAGACAAUUUAAAAACAUUGUUAAUGCCAGAUGGAUGUUGUGAAGGAGUAUUUUGGAUAUCAUAUGAAGAUGUUUUAAAGUAAUACAUAAUAUUAAUUAAUAUUUAUUUAUAUCAAUUUAAAAUAUUUUGUUAAAUUUAGAUACUUUGAUUGUAUUGAUAUUUGCAAAGUAAGAAAUAAUUUAUGGAAUGAAGUCAGACUUAAAGGAUAUUUGCCACCUUUAUCUUCUACUGAUCACUUAUCAUGUGUUGUCCUCACUGUCUCAGAACCAACAGAAGCAGAAUUUACACUGUUUCAAGAAGGACAGAGGUAUAUUGUUAUAAUGUUAUUUAUUAAAAUAAAAUUAUGUUAGGUAAAUCAUUAAUUAUAUUUCUAAAUGUAUCUUAAUCUAGAAAAUCAGAAAAAUGUAAUAGAAGUCAACUCGAUUUGUGUGUAGCAGUAAUGAGAAGUAGAGAAGUAACAUCUGAAAAACCUAUCUGCAUUGGCCGUCUUGUUGAACAUAGUAAACGCCAGGUCCGUGGAUUCGUUAGCUCACAUAAAAUGUUAGAACCAGAUGUUUAUGUCGUUGUUUGUUUAGCAUUUAAUCAUUGGCAUACAGGUUUGUUUUUAGUUUAUUUAUUGGUUUAAAAUUGAUAUAAUAUAGAAAUAUAAUAAAGAUAUUUUUAAUACUGAUUAGUGAUUACUAUAUAUUUAUGUAAUAUGAUGUAUAGAUUUAUAAAUAUAAAAUAUUUAUUUUUUAUUUUUACAGAUUUGGUAGAUCCUUCAGUUUAUCCUGAAUUUGUAUUGGCAAUUCAUAGUUCUAAACGAUUAUUGGUAGAACAAGUGUCACCACCAUCUUUUGUUUUAGCUGACACUAUUAUUAACUUAACCUUAGCUAAAGGACAAAGACAUGAAGUAAGUUUAUGUAAUACUUUAAUAUUUCUAUUUUAAUUAACAAGGAAAAUAUGUUAAGGGUCGAGAAGGAAUGACAGCUUACUAUUUAACUAAAGGAUGGGCAGGACUUGUUGUUGUAGUAGAGAAUCGGCAUACAAAUCGCUGGAUACAUGUUAAAUGUGACUGUCAAGAAAGUUAUAAUGUUAUGUCUACUAGAGGAUUACUCAAAACUAUUGACUCUGUUCCUCCUUUGCAUAGGUAAAUAGUAAAUAAUAUUGAAUUAUUUUAGAUUCUAAGAAGAAUGUAUUUGUUUCACUAUGAUGUGUGCAAUUGUUUUAUUGUUUCGUUUAUGCACAACUAUUAUAUCAGAAAUCUCAUGUUGAUCAAAAAUCAGAUAAGAUAGUUUGUUUUUAGAAUUUUGGAUUUUAUUGGCGCAUUGAAAGGUCACUUUUUGAUUUUCUGUAGUUUUCUAAACAAUAAAACAGAAAAAAGGAAAAUUGCAGCCUUAAUGGUUUUAUUAUUUUGAAUUCUGUGUUUUAUUUGUUAAUGAGUAAUUAACUGUUGUUAAUUGUUCAUAAAAUUAUUUAACCAAACAAAAAAAUUUAUAUGAGGUGCAUUAUAAAUUGUAAUAAUCUAAAAAAAAAGUUAAGUUUAAUGUAAUAUUUUUUUUAUAAUCAUUUCCAAUUCAAAUUUUGAUAGAAAUCAUAUAGAUCACUGCAUUUUAAAAUUGAACUUCACUCAGAAAUAUAUUUUGUUAUUUAUUGUUGUGUACAAAUAUAAAUGAAUUAAAUAUGCGCUUUACCUUCCCAAUUUUCCACCUACAACAAUGGCACACUCAUCAUCGGUAUCUUCUGUUUUGUCUUCAUCCUAACUAUUUGGGAUCGACCACCCACGUUCUAAACUUCUACUUGAUUAGACUAGAACUAAACUUUAAUCUCUAAUUCUCUUGUCACAUAAUAUACCUGAUGCUUCUUUCCACUUUAUUCAACCAAACUUAAUCCUAUCGUCGGUUAAUAGGCUAAUUGUUGUAACCCUCAUUUUCACUCAAAGUUAUGGUCAAAAUAAAUAAUACAGAUAAUAUAGAGGUAAAUAUAAAUUAUAGCCAAAUAUUGUAACUCUCAAAUGACUAUAUUCUUGUCUAAAUUCAAUUUUAAUCUUUUUAAUUAAGCCUUUUAGUUAAUAAACAUAACUAUAUUAUAGUGUCUCCUGAAGAAUUUUAUUUUUAAGGGCUACAUCAAUAUAACCUAUUAAUCGACACUAUGUUUCAAUUUGAAAGUCACUGUUCACUCUCAACCUUGCCUUUAACUGUCUUAUUUAUUUCCUCCAAACUCAUAAUCUGUUUUACUUCUAAUUAUCCUUAGUCCCUUUCCUUUAAGUGCUACCUACUCUUUAUUCUCCAAGCCUAUUAUUAACAUAUUGCAGAUUUUCGCCUAUUGAAACCAUAUCAUCUUCUAGCAUUAUGCACUAUGGUACCUUAUCUCACUUGUCCCUGUGCACAUCCGAGACAAAUCUGACAGUCUUAUUUAGAAAUCGUCAUACUGUUUGACAUAAUUUUACACCGGCUGUCGAUCUAACUCAAUCUCAUUUGUUGCCUCUUACGACAGAUAGAGAUGCCGUGGGAGUAUUCUGAGCCCUUUAUCUGUAUCCAUUGACAGUAUCAGUUCUUUUUUUUCUUUUCAUUUUUUUCAUUUUUAGGGUUAGCUUUAUUAAUAAUUUGUUUUAUUAUUAUAACUAAAAUCACUUAAAAAUAUAUAUAUAUAUAUAUAUAUACAUUUUUUUUAGACAAGUUAUAAUUGUGUUAACUCAGUUGGAAGGAAGUGGAGGGUUUUCAAUUGCUCACAAAUUGACUCAUAGAUUGGCCAACCAAGCUGGACUUCAUGAUUGGGGACCACCAGGAUGUUCUCAUUUGCCACAAAUACAAAAGUCUAUUGAAGGACUACACUCUCCUAGACUGAUCACUUAGUAUUAUAAGGCAAAAAGUAUGGUUAACAUAAAUUUCUGUGAUUUUUAUUUUAUUUUUAUUUCAUUAUUUUAUCUAUAGUGUGAGUACUGAGUACAAAUAAUUAAUUUAGGAAGACCAAAACCAUUGUAAAUAGGUUGGAAAUAAAUGAUUUG